AUGGCUUCACCGGCAUUGCACCAGCGCAAUGCAUCCAGAUCUUCGCGGCCCCGCAGCUCAACACGCGGUCCCUUAGAUGCACCGGACGACCCACUCUCGCUUUCCACAUUGUCCAUCUCGCCCAGUACGGAUAAACAUGCAUUCUCUCAGAACGACGGCUUCUCCGGCUCUUCCUUCUACGAACUCGACCCGCUGGCUCCAGAUGAUCUGCCAGAAACACUAGGCAAAGAUCUCUCCUUCCUCCUGCGCCAUAACAUCUUCCACCCUCUUUCACAUGUCGAUAUACCCUCGCCGCUGCGCUCUGACUUCAUCGUCCUAAACCCUGGCGAACCGCUCUCACCCUCGCUCGGUCUCCUGGAGAAGCUACUCUCCGAAGGUCGCUUUCUAGUUGCCGCACAUUUCACCAGCUCUAUCUUGACAUCAUCCUUAAUCUCUCCUACGGACACCAGAUUGAUAUUCUCCUUGUUUUACACGCGCCUAGCUUGCCUGGAGUUAUCGGGGAACACAGUACUGGCGGCCCAGGAGUCCAAGGCUCUGGAGGAUCUUAAUUCCACAUUUUACUAUAUCGACCCUACCUUCGACGGCGCUGAGACUGAUAAACAGCAUGAGAAACCUCUUGCGCACUUUCCUCGCCACAUUGUGCCAUGGCCACUUCGGGUAUUGGCGGUGCGCCUUCAAAGCAUUGGGUUCGGGGACUCCCGUAGGAGUAUCGGCGGCUUGUAUGAAAUUGGCCUGGAAGCACGAAGGGAGAUUAUGAAGAAGGGGAGCAGUGAAAAUGAGCGAAAGAUCUGGAGAGAGAGAUUAGCAGAUCUUGGGAUCCGAAGCGUCAAUGCGCUGGUGGAAAUGGGCGACCUGGAUGCAGCUAAACGAUCACUGGAGGCUCUCCAGGCCGCUGAUGAGGAUACGGAGGCUAUGAAGCUAAGAAAAGCGCUUCUCUUCCUGCGAAUAGGCGAUCUCGAUGCCGCGGAGCGGGUUUUCGGUGAUUCUCGAGAGUCAAAAGAGGCUGCUCUUCUGCAGCCACUCUUGAGCAUGUCUGAGGGUCGCUAUCAAGACGCAGUGACUGAGUGGCGAGCUCUUCACGAAAACACGCAAAGGACAGAUGGGGCUCUCGUAGGCCAAAAUCUGGCCGUGUGUCUUCUCUACUCUGGGAAAGUGGACGAGGCCCGUCAACUUCUUGAAGCCCAGAUCUCCGCCAACCACUCCUUUGGGAGCCUCAUUUUCAACCUUUCGACUGUCUAUGAGCUCUGUUCUGACAGCGCUGGAAAGCUUAAGGGCCAACUAGCUGCUACUAUCGCAGGGCAACCAGUAUCUGGCCAGACCAAUCUAGACCGGCCCAACACUGACUUUAAGCUCUAA